AUGGAACUAGUGAAUUCGAAUAGCGAGAAAAAGAAGCAGCAGCUGGAGGUGUUUAGCAAAUAUGCCAGUGUGCUUACUGCUGAGCAGAAAAAGCUGGGAGAACCGUAUGCUAGCGAUGUUUCGGACUCCGGAGAGACUGGUGAGUCGGUGUUAAGGUACGAUGAUUUCAUCAGGCUUAUAUCGAACUCGCAGUCGUUGUACUCGAAGUUUACUGAUCACUCGUUCAAUUUGAAUCAGAUCCCGAAGAAUGUAUUUGGAUGUAUCUUUUUCGCCAUGGAUGAACAGAAUAAAGGAUAUUUAACCAUCAACGAUUGGUUCCAUUUCAACAACAUCUUGGAGUUCAACAACUACCAUUUGAUUGUAUUAUAUGAGUUUUUCAGGAAGUUUGAUGUGGCAAGGAUACGGGCCCGACAAACUUCGAAUAUCGAUGAUCAACGUGUGAAAUAUAUCAAUUAUGGGAAUAAGUUCCUGAGUUUUGAUGAGCUGUAUUUGAACGUCGAUCAGUUUAAGUCCACUAUUUCGUUCUUACAAAAAUGCGUUAACGAUGAAUUUAUUAUGAAAAAUGAUUUGGCUUUGAAUUGGAACGAAUUUCGUUGGUUCCCAUUUUACCAGUGUAGUCCGUUUGGGAAAUCUUCAGGCACUUAUUUCUCUUUGAAUUCGCUCGUCACGAUUUUGCAAAGCGAUUUGAAAGAUGAGAAAAUGUUCGUUGGGUUCAAUAAAUUAUGCCAUCUGAACCCAUCGAAAAAUUGUCGGACGCUUUCCAAGAACCAGCUAUCUUACCUUUUGAAAUUGUUCUAUUCUCACAGAGUCUCUUCAGAUGUUUUCAAUUCUUUGGAUUUAUCCAACACAAAGCUUAUCAAAUGCGAUAACAAUUAUAUCCAAUACAAUGUCAUAAAAGACAUAUUUUAUUUAUUUGAGAAUUUUGAUCUUUUGAACCAGGUGCUUAUACGUUACGCACAAUAUUACGAAUUCGAUGAGAACGAUGUCAGAGAGCAAGUGAUUACGAAGAGGGACUUUAUGGAGUUUUUGAAUAAAGAGUAUAACAAAGUGACGAAUAUUGUAGAGUUUUCCCCAUCACAGAUUAACCUCUUGUUCUCCAUUGUAUCAAACUCAAAACAGUCAAGGCACCAAUGUUUGACUUCGAUGCACCACUCUGAUGAAACCAUCGACGAUUUCAUUCAUAGCCAAGUUCAGAUGGGACCUCAUAUUAAUAAGGGGACUAUUAAAGAGUUCAACGAAAACUAUAACUCAACUGUGGAUGAAUUUAGCCAGGCUUCUUCGUUACAAGAACAUAACGAAAGGAAGCAAAGCCAAAGAGUCUCAUUAUUGGAUCGUCUUUGGGCAAGUAAGACUCCAAAGGAUACUGCCGAGAGUCGUAACCUUACUAUGGAAGACUUUAUGAAAAUCUUGAACCCUAACUAUUUGAACGAUAUUGUGCAUUCCAUGGAGUUGAAGAGAAUUAGAUCGGAAUCAUGGUACUCUAACUUCUAUUUCUACCCGAUCUUUGAUUCGAUUCAUAACUUUACGUUAGGCUCCAUAGCUGGGUGCAUCGGCGCCACUGUCGUGUACCCUAUUGACCUGGUAAAGACAAGAAUGCAAGCGCAACGUAACAGUGUACAGUACAAAAACUCCAUUGAUUGUGUUGUGAAAAUCUUCCAAACUAAGGGUAUUAGAGGUCUUUACUCUGGUCUAGGCCCACAGUUAAUCGGUGUAGCCCCCGAAAAAGCUAUCAAAUUGACAGUGAACGAUUUCAUGAGACAGUAUUUCAUGAACAAGUCUCGUACGAUUAAAUGGUACCAAGAAAUCCUUUCAGGCGCCACCGCUGGUGCUUGCCAAGUUGUGUUUACAAAUCCAUUGGAAAUCGUAAAGAUCAGAUUACAAAUGAGAUCAGAUUACGUCGGUGAAAAUGCAAGGCCACAAUUAGGUGCAGUAGGAAUUAUAAGGCAAUUGGGCCUUCGCGGUCUCUACAAAGGUGCCGCAGCAUGCUUACUGAGAGACGUCCCAUUCUCCGCCAUAUAUUUCCCAACAUAUGCUCAUUUAAAGAAGGAUGUAUUUAAUUUUGAUCCAAAUGAUAAAAACAAGAGAAACAAACUCAAAACCUGGGAACUCCUCUUGGCUGGUGGGAUCGCAGGUAUGCCAGCAGCUUAUUUGACCACUCCUUUUGAUGUGAUUAAGACCAGAUUACAAAUCGAUCCCAGGAAGGGAGAAACAACGUAUACAGGUGUAAUCCAUGCAGCAAGAACGAUCUUGAAAGAGGAAAGCAUCAAAUCAUUUUUCAAAGGUGGACCGGCUCGUGUGUUGAGAAGUUCCCCACAGUUCGGUUUCACCUUGGCAGCAUUUGAAAUGUUCCAAGGGUUAUUCCCAUCGCAUUUCAAGAACCAUGAAACAAACAGUAACAACGACAGCAACAAUAACUCAAGCUCUUUUGGCGGACCCAAAAAGCAUUCCGACGUAGAGGAUGAUACACCCAUCGUCACUGGUUUGUUCACAACCUUCUACAAAAAUUUCAAAAAUAAUCAUUACAGCCAUGAACCAGUUCCGAUAGAAUUCUAUGGUCCAUCAGUGGACCCAUACUCCAGUAAUUUCCUCAAUUACUACUACAAGAGCUGUCAAAUAUCAAAAGUUUUCAUAGACCUCGAUUACAACUUUGCCAAGUUCGAUUUUAAUGUUUACAGAAAGUUCCAAGAUGAAUUGAAACGAAUUGGCCCUAAGAGCAACUAA